CCCCUCAGUUAACAACCACCAACCAUUCAAUGCACUGCAGCAAUACGGAUAGACAAACAGCCACCUCCAAGAUGCAUGUCAACAACACUAGUUACGCUGACAGCGUCGAAUACGGAUUCGAUCGGAUGCCGUCGCUGGGUGGAGCGAGCCCCCUUUUGAGAAAUACGGUUGCCUAAUUUCUCACACACACCCUCUCUCUCUCUCUCUGCCAAGUCAUCGCACGAUGGCCCCGGUGAGAUGGCUUUGUUCUGGAGAAGGGCUGUUUCUCCCAUCAAACAAGAAGGGGCUGGAUUAACAAGGGCCGGGCCGAGUCUUUAAUUCGACUACAAUCACUGUCUUGUGUUGUUCUGCAACGACUUGCUGUCGGUCUCGCGUGUCCUGUCCAGAGAGCGACGCCGACAGGACAAGAGGGCGGAACACUACCACCAUCAUCAUCACCCAUGCCGCCCGCCUCAAGCUCACGGCGAUGACAAUGAGCGCGCCCAAGUCAUACCAGCUCGAGUCCCUCGCAUCGGACCCGGACGGCGCCAAGCCCACCUCGCCGGUCGUCCCGAUCGACCCGGCCGACGUGCGGUGGUUGAAUAGCGGUGGCCGGCGCUGCGAGGCGUGCAAGAUCGUCGCGCGCCUCGUUUCGAUGCUGCUGUGCGCCGUCGUUCUCAUCAUCUCCAUGGCCUGGUGGGCCCGCCCGGAACUGGACCAGUACGGUGUCUGGAUGUGGCUGGGUCUUCCGGGGGCCUUGCCCCCGUUCAUGUGGGACCUGGGCGAGUUCCUCUCCUUGUGCGCCCGCCGCGGCCGCGGCAUCACGCCCAAAGCCCACAUCGGCGUCGAGCUGGUCCUGUUCCUCUUGACUUACAUGGCCGGCGUGUGGCUGGCCGUCCAGCUGAGGUUGCAGGAAACCGGCCCGGUCGGCGAAAUGCGCGGCACGCCCCUCUCAUACGCCAUCGCCCAAUCCGUCUUGAUGCUCUUCACCGCGACUAUCCACCUGGCCCUGUUCAUCCGUGCCUGCAUCGAGCGCGGCCGCGAGAUCCGCCAGCGCAGGCCGCGCGUCAUGUACAUCCCCGAGACGGGGCAGACGGUGUACGUCGUCGCCAAGCCGUUCCCCGAACAGCCGCCGCCGCCGUCGCCGCCGCAGCAGCAGCAGCAACCAGCCCGCGCCCCGUCGUUGCCUCAGUCGCUCGACGGCCUCGUCGGCGGCAGCCCGCUGCGCAACGCUUUUCAGCAACCGCAGGAGCUGCUGCAGCUCGAGAUUCCGCCGCUGCCACCGCCGCCACCGCCGUCGUCGCCGAUGAUCAAGAGAAACCCGGUCUCUUGGGUGCCGCGCAAUGCGCCAGCAGCCGACCGCGACCGGUUACUCCGGCCGAGCUUGCGGCCGCCGCCGGAGGACUACGUGCCGUCGGGGGAGGAGCUCGAGAGGCGGAAGAGAGGCGACGCGCAGCCGCAGCUGGUGAUGCCGGGGGACGUGGACAUCAAGUUCGCGACGAGCGUGUCGGGCAUGACGCCGGCGGACGCGGGGGUGCGCGAGGGCAAGUAUCGCAUGGACGUCCCCGCGCACAUGUCGGCGACGUCGGCGGGGGAGCCAUCCGGCAGCGGCGGGGGGAGGACCCGGUCGUUGUGAUCGCUUGGUUCCCCUAUCUGCAUACUAGUCAGCAUUAUAAGUUGUCACGAUAGCCUCAUGCAUUUCCACCUUCUGUAACAGCCCUGUCAGGUGCUGUGGCACGUGGUACUUCCCUAUAUAUAGGACCUCACUUUCGUUACUUAAUCUU